AAUUAUUAAUAUUAUAUAAAACAACUAACAAAAAUGAUUACUGAUUUCGAAAUAGAAGAAGCCGAAGAGCAACCUGGUGAUGCUAGAAGUCUUCCUCAGUAUGAAACAGAAUUUACCAAUGCUAAAAUAUUCUUACAAAAAGCAAGUACAGACACGGGGGAAAAUUUGUAUGAUCACCUAUCAGAAACGCUAAACAAAAUAUUAGCUGAGAGACCCCAAAAUGUAAUUGACUUCUUUGAAGAUUUCAGCAGAAAGAUUAAAGAGAAAAGAUUUAGACCCCACACGGACCAUCUCGAAGAUAUUUAUGUUGCUCCUAACAGCUUGGCAUUGGCCCAAAAAAUGAUGCCAUUGCUUAAGCCUUUGCCAGCAUCUGAACCUUCGACGAUGGAUCCAGCGGAUUUAGAGUUAGCCGAUAUGUCCCAGAACAAUUUGUUAGAAUUGCUAUACUAUUUUGAGCAAUGUGGCUUGGGUUUACCUCGUAAAGAAAUGUUUUUUGUCAUGUUGUCGAUUAAAAAACUAUCGAAUACUGAGCCAAUUUCUUCAAUUAGGUUUUGGGGUAAAAUAUUUGGUACACUUAAAGAUUAUUUGAUAUUAGAAUGUGAAUUAAAGGAUGAAGAAUAUAUUAAUAGAAAUGAGGUUUAUGCUCAAGACGCGCUGCAAGAAGUACCUCCAGUAAUAGAUAAUGAUGAAGAAAACAUUAUAGAGGAAAAUAGGAUCAGGAAAGCUUUAGACGAAAUUGCGAAACAACAACAAAUAGGUGGUGAAGGAGGAGGAAAGUAUCCUCGGUCUUUGCCACCAAUGCCUAAAAUAAUUUAUGCAGAACCACCGGAACCUCCUUCAGAAUUAUCUGGGGUGGGACUUAAUAAAUUGGUAUAUUACGUAUGCAACGGAUUAGGAGAACCUUGGGUACAACUUCCAGAUGUGACUCCAAAACAAGUUCGAACAGCCCGUCAAAUUUACAAAUCUUUUACUGGAAAUUUGGAAUCGCCAAUUUAUACUUAUCCACAAUUUCCUGGCGAUGAACGUGAAUAUUUACGGGCACAAAUUGCAAGGAUAACCGCAGCAACACACAUAUCUCCAUUGGGAUAUUAUACCUUCGGAGCAGGUGAAUUAGGUGAAGGAGCUGACGAAGAAGAAGAAAUAGAAGAAGCAGCUGGUGAAGGGAAAACUACCUUUAGUAAAAAUCCAAAAUAUGAAGCUCCUCCUUUGAAAGACCUCCUAGAUAUGUCAUUAUCAUUUUGGGUUCAUCACGCUCCAUAUAUUUUACCGCAAGGAAGAACCACUUGGUGGAAUCCAAAUCCAAUGCCCGAAGUAGGUGACGAAGAAAUGGAGGAAGAGUUAGGAGAAGAGGAGGAGGAAGGGGUUGAAGAUAAAAUGAAAAUGGAUCGAGUAGAGCCAGAGACUGGGCCACCUUUACUUAUUCCAAUUUCCGAGGAUGCGUCUCUUGAAGCUGUUCCGGCUUGGAGCGUUCGUUGUUCUUCUAAUAUUAUGGACGAUUUUGCCCUGGCUGUCGUGAGAUCAAAUGUUUGGCCAGGUGCUUAUUGUUUUUCUACCCAAGGAAAGACUUUCCAAAAUGUUUAUUUCGGUUUUGGACUAAAACAUAUGGAAAGCAAUUUUUCGCCUGUACCUCUUCCACCUGUUGAACAAGAGUAUCCAAUUGGACCUGAAAUAAUGGAGAUACUAGAUCCAACUGGAGCAGAGGAAGAACAAUGGCGAAUCGAUCACUUGCCCAAGCCGAAAAUAGAGCUUCCCGUUGGUGUAGAAGGAGAAGAAGAAGAGGAAGAGGAGGAAGAAGAAGAAGAGGAAGAGGACGAAGACUAGUUAAUACUUAAUUUUAUAUUUAUUCCUUAAUAUUUUUUAUUUGGUUAAUUCACAAAAAUAAUGAUUGCUAUUUAAUUGAAUACUUUUUUCGAUGUGUAAAAAUGUCUAUUACACUAAUAAAUAGUGAAUAUACUGUUAAAAAUUAAA